GAAGACAGCUUGGGCCUUUGGGUGUGAAAAGAGUUCCCCAGGGAUACAAACAUGAGCAGAAACAGAGAAAGAGCCAUUGCAACAGUGGAUAAGGCUCUUGCAGAGGGGGAAAAGAUGACCCCAGCAGACAUGCUUUUUUCCUACAAAGGUGUUUUAUAUCCUACUACAUUUAGCAGCCCAGAAACUCUGGAAGCUCUGAAAUCCUUUGAAGCCAGGAGUGAUGAUGUGAUUCUAGCGGGCUAUCCUAAAACAGGAACCAACUGGCUUGAUCAGAUUCUGAGGGAGUUGGAGUCAGCAGAUGCCAGAUACACAGAAGAAGAAAUGAAAGAGAGAAUGGAUGCUGAAAAGGAGCUGGAGUUAUCUGUACGUCUGGAAUUUGGAGAUCCUGGGAUCUACGAGAGGAUGAAGAAACUGCCUUCCAGGAGAAUCAUAGUAACCCAUCUGCCACCUCAUCUCCUGCCCCCGUCCUUUUUCCAAGGCAAGGCUAAGAUCCUUGUGCUGGUUCGGAACCCCAAAGACACAGCUGUGUCCUAUUACCACUUCUACAACAAGAUGACCAUGCUGCCCUCCUUCUCUUCCUGGGAUGAAUACUUUGCAGCCUUCAUGAAUGGGAAAUUAACCUGGGGAUCCUACUUUGACCACACAGUGGAAUGGAACAAACACAGUGACCAUGAGAACAUCAUGAUGAUAAGCUACGAGGAACUCCAAGAGGACCAGGUACUGGGAAUGAAAAAGAUUGCUGCCUUCUUUGGAUUCUCCCUCUCUGAAGAAGAUUUUUCCAGAAUUGCUAAGAAGACCAGUUUCCAAGCUAUGAAAGAGAAGUCCUACGAGACCCAUGGAAAGUCUGGGGACAUCCUCUUUCGGAAAGGGGUUGUUGGGAGCUGGAGAGAAUUCUUCUCUGAAACUCAGAAUGAAGAAAUGGACCGAAAAUUUGAAGAAUGCCUUGGAGGAACAAAGCUGGUAGCAAUGAUGAAAUAUGACGUGUACUGCAAGGCCUGAAAUUAAACAGAUGAGCAGCAAAUUGUGCUCCAAAGGUGGACAGUCCCCAUGUUCCCUCCCCAUGAGAAAAGAGGAAAACCCCUCGGACAU